AUGUAUGAUGAAGAAAGCACAUCAAACAUUAAUAAUAAUCUAUCUACAGAAUGUCCCAUGGACUUGACUCAAGAUCAAACUAAUAUAAGUUUGCCAAACGUUUAUAAUAAUCCAUCAAUUGAAUGGUUUGCUGACUUUAUUCAAGGUGAUGAAGAUCAAACUAAUAAUAGUUUAUCUACAGAAUGGCCUAUGGACAUGACUCAAGAUCAAACUAAUAUAAAUUUGCCAAACGUUUAUAAUAAUCCAUUCAUAGAAUGGGCCUCGUGCUUUAGUCAAGAUCAAACUAAUAAUAAUCUACCUAUAGAAUGGUCUACUGACUUUACAAAUAAUAAUUCGUUUAUAGAAUGGAAUACUGGUUUUACUCAAUAUCAAAUUAAUACAAGUUUAUUAAAUAUUCAUAAUAAUUCGAUUAUAGAAUUGUCCGCAGGCAUUACUCGAAAUUAUGAGGAUCAAACUAAUCAUAAUCAAUCCAUGAACUUGACCACACGCUUUACUCAAGAUCAAACUAAUACAAGAUUGCUAAAUGUUUAUAAUACAGAAAUUAUUCAACAUCGUGAAGGACAAAUUAAUAAUUUACAACAACAUGAUACAAAAUCAGUUAAAAAGAAUGAACAUCCAGUUUCACUUAUUUCUAGACAUAAAAAAAGGAAAAUUUGUAAGAAAUAUAAUAACAUAAAGGUUUUAUAUGAUGAAAAUUCCAAUCAAUGUAGAGAUUGUUAUGGGGCCUCAUUAUGUGUUUUAAGUGGUAAUAAAUUAAUAGACGAUUUUAUCGAAUCAUCACAAACUUCUUAUGGAAGUUGCAAAUCUAAAUCAAAAUUAGAAUUUAUUCCAUAUGAACAAUUUACUAAUAUUGAAUACCUUGCUAAAGGAGGGUUUAGUGUGAUAUAUAAAGCAACAUGGGUUGAUGGACCUAUUACCCUUUGGAAAAAAUUAAGACUAUUACAUAGAAUUUCAGAAGGUCUUGAUUUAAUGGACUUACGUGAAAUGAUUCAUCAUGAUCUUCAUAGUGGGAAUAUUCUUAUUAAACAGGAUGGUUUUCCAACAAUUGCGGAUUUAGGAAUAAGUAAACCAAUAGAUGAUUCGUCAGAUAAUAAUGCAGUCUAUGGAGUUAUUCCAUAUGUUGCACCAGAGGUAUUAAAAGGAGAAAAGUUUACACAUGCUUCAGAUAUUUAUAGUUUUGCUAUGAUUAUUUGGGAGGUAAUAAGUGGUUGCAGGCCAUUUUCCGAUCGUAAACAUGAUGAAUUUCUUAUUUUGGAUAUUAUUAAUGGUCUUCGUCCAAAAAUUCCAAUUAACAUUCCACAAGAAUUAGUUGAUUUAAUGGAAAUAUGCUGGCAUCAAGAUCCAGAAAAAAGAAAAUUACAUAAGAGGUAUAAUUAUACACUUAAAAAAUAUGUAGAUUGGCUUAAAGAUCUUAUUAUGAAAGUCGAAAAAGGCGAAAUAAAGUUUCCAGAAAAUGAAAGUACAAAUAUUUUACAAACUAAAAUAAAUGAGCAAGCAAUUUAUUCUAGUCGAUCAUUAACUCCAUUAAUUAGUAAAGCAUUGAAUUUACAAACAGAUGAUGAUUCUAAAGCGAUUGAAUUUGAUAUAAACAAACUGUAG